AUGUUCGUGCUUCAAUCCAUCCAAGAUGACAACGAUCGGCGAGUGCUUUUAAUGAUAGUAUUGAUCCCCGCUCUCUUGCACCGAGGGUUCACAAAAAUACCUCAUGGACUCGAAGAAAUGAACGAUGGCUGGCUGCUGGCACCCAAAAUCACGCCACCCAAGUUUAGGAGCGCCUUCCGCUUAUGCAUGACAUCGGGUUCCGGCCGCAACAUUGAACAGCUCGAAUCAAGGCGGUAUCCGAUCCCCAGCUGA